AUCGAGUGCGCGUGCUCGGGCGUCAUGGCGUGUUCGACGUGCCACGUCGUCGUCGACGCCGCGGACUUCGACAGGGUCGGCGAGCCCUGCGACGCGGAGCUCGACAUGCUCGACCUCGCGUUCGACCCCCAGCCGACGAGCCGCCUGGGCUGCCAGCUGACGCUGACCCGCGACCUCGACGGCCUGCGCCUCGCGAUCCCCGACGACGCGCACAACCUCAUGGACGAC